CCGUCGCCUACGUUGCCGCUAUGGACGGGGACGAAGAAUCCAACAAAAUUGCCAACGACGCAUGGACAGCGAGCAUCGUAGACGGUAAGCCGAUCGCUUCCUACUGCGGUGGCCGGUUUAUGUCGGCAACUUUGACGGUCGUAAGUUAUGGAAAGUGGUCUUCGGAGAUGGACAUCAUCACAUACGACAUGAAGGUGGACAUUGACCUGCCCCAAUCCGGCUCUAGCCCGGCCUUCUCCAGGAAAAACCAAGUCUUCGAGGUGACUAAAGGACCCGGAGAGGAGCUCAAAAUUGGAAAGAAUCCAUGCCGCAGUGAUCUAUCAUAAGUCACAAUUCUGCCGGCUUGAGCAGAUGGUGCUUCGCAAUCGCGUAACGCUUCGC